ACAUUUUCAAAAAAGUUAGAGUUCAUCACCAUGAUUCGCAGCAGACUCUAUCAGCUUUGUGUGGCCACCUUUUUAUGCAUCUUUUUAUGUCAUGGAAGUUUGCAUGCAGAGACGUGUGCGGAGACAGACAAGCAAGCUCUUCUCAAGUUAAAGGAAGGUUUUGUUCAUGGAAUGAAUCUUCUAUCUUCCUGGAACGGUGAUGAUUGUUGCAUAUGGAAAGGAGUUUCAUGCAAUAAUUUAACAGGUCAUGUAACCUCUCUUCGUCUCAGAUUUUCAAAUUCUACACGUGUUGAAGAUUUAAACUAUCUUUUAGACACAAUGCCAGAUAUGGAAUUUUUCGGUGCCCCUACAGUAUUGGGAGGUAAGAUAGAUUCUUCAAUAUGUGAGCUGCAGCAUCUCACUUUCUUAGAUCUCAGUCAUAAUUACUUACAGGGAGACAUCCCAAAAUGUAUUGGUUCACUUGGUCAAUUGACACAUUUAAAACUUGCAUGGAAUGGUUUGAAUUACAUUCCUUAUGCUCUGUCAAAUCUUUCCAAUUUACAAUAUCUUGACCUUGGGAAAAAUAAUCUUGUUGCAAGAGACCUUGAUUGGCUUUCUCACCUUUCUACUUUGAGGUACCUUGAUCUCUCAAGAAACAAUCUUGGUGCUGUUACUGAUUGGCCGUCAUCAAUAAGUAAAGUCCCUUUUCUAUCUGAACUCUAUGUAAAUGAUUGUGGACUCCCUCAAGUCAAACCUAAAUCAAUCUCCCACAUCAAUUCUUCCACUUACCUCCAAAUCCUCAGUCUAUCAGGAAAUCACUUUGACUCUUCAAUCAUGUCAUGGGUGUUGAAUGUUAGCAAAGUCGUCAGAGUUCUUGAUCUCUCACAUAAUGAACUUGAUAAUGGCAUCAUAAAGACCUUUAACACUUUGUGUCAACUUAAGAAGCUGUACCUCGGUUCCAAUAAAUUGUCUGAACAGCUCAGUGAUUACUUACCAGAAUUUUGUUCUGCAAAAGAUUUAGAGGUGUUGAAUCUUGACCAUAACCCAUUUGGUAAAGGGUUGCUUCCUGAUUUUUCAUUAUUUUCAUCCUUGGAAAGACUUUCACUUCAGAAUACCAGUACUGUGGGGCCUUUAUUAUUUGGUCACUUGCCUCGUCUUAAAGCUUUGGAUCUCAGUUUAAACAAUUUGAAUGGAUCAUUGCCUGUAUUCGAAGUGACGAAAUUUGCCUCAUUGCAUUUUCUGGAUCUUUCUCACAACAAAUUGAGUGGGAGACUUCCAUAUAGUAUUGGACAACUUUCUAAUCUCUGGUUUUUGUCCAUUUCUUCAAAUGAGUUGAAUGGGGACAUUAGUCAAGAGCAUGUAUCAAACCUAUCUAGAUUGAAGAUCUUUGAUGUGAGUAAAAAUUCUCUUUCGUUUAACUUGAAUCCAGAUUUGGUUCCACCUUUUCAAUUGGUGGCAUUAUAUGCAUCAUCGUGCAUUUUGGGGCAUCAAUUUCCAUUGUGGCUUAAACAACAAAAGAAACUUCAGGUGCUGCAAAUCUCUAAUACAUCCAUUAAGGGUUCGUUUCCUGAAUGGUUAGGGGACAUAUCAUCAAAUUUGUUAUACAUAAAUGUUUCCCAUAAUAAACUUAGCGGAGUCUUACCAAAAUCACUAUCACAAAUUAAGACAGGGCUUAUGAGUACAUGGGAUUUUAGUUUCAACAAUUUGUCUGGCCCAUUGCUUCCUUUUCCUCCAAGUGUAUUUGAGCUCUUUCUCUCAAAUAAUAGGUUCUCAGGGUUUGCAUCUUCCUUUUGUGAAACAUCCUCAGUAACUUAUCUUGACCUGUCUAGUAAUGCACUCAAAGGACCCCUUCCAAAUUGUUGGGAGAAAUUUCAAAGAUUGGAAGUUCUAAAUUUGGCAAAUAACAGUUUAUCAGGGAGAGUGCCAGAGUCGUUUGGCAAUUUACAAGGUAUUUUGUCGAUUCGUCUAAAUAACAAUCAUUUCUUCGGUGAGAUACCAUCUCUGACUCUUUGCAAAGGAAGCUUGAGAUAUGUUGAUUUUGGGGAUAAUAAUCUUGAAGGAACAUUACAAACAUGGUUAGACUUGGAAAAUUUGAUUGUAUUGCGUCUACGAGGUAACAGGAUCCAAGGAAGCAUACCCACAAGUAUAUGUAAUAUAUUAUCUCUUCAAAUAUUGGAUAUCUCGUCAAACAACAUUACAGGGGAAAUACCACAAUGCAUUGGUCACAUAAGUGCAAUGUCAGAUAUGGAAUUUCGAAUUGAAACCGUGUUCUAUGGAACAUCUGCACCUUUAGUAUUUCAUGACAGUGGAAUUGGGCUUUAUUUUGAGGAAAUAUCAUUGACAUGGAAAGGAAGAAACUUGGAAUUCGAGAGAUUUUUAGGAGUUUUGAAAGCCAUUGAUGUUUCUAAUAACAACUUAAGAGGAGAGAUACCGGAAAGUAUAACAUCACUAGAUGGUUUAAGAAGCUUAAAUCUUUCGGGAAAUAAUCUUACAGGAUUCAUUCCCGACAACAUUGGUCGUUUGAUGAACUUGGAAUCACUUGACUUGUCAAGAAACCAUCUUCAUGGUAGGAUUCCAAGAAGCUUUUCAAAUUUGAAUUUUCUCGGUUACUUGAACUUGUCUUUCAACAACUUAUCAGGAAUGAUUCCGACAGGCGGCCCACUAAAUACCUACGAUACGACUUCUUAUGUUGGGAACACUGGGCUUUGUGGCUCACCACUCGAAAACCAAUGCCCAUAUGUGAGUCCACAGAGAGGAAGAAGAGUUCACAAAAAAGAGGAUGAACUCUUAAGCUUUGAGUUUUAUCUGAGCAUGGGGUUGGGAUUUUUUGUUGGAUUUUGGAGUGUUUGUGGAACUUUAUUAGUAAAAAGUCCACAGGGAUAUGCUUAUUUUCAUUGGUUCAUCAAUGUAACCAUCUUGUCUUCAUUGUCAAGACCUUAAGGGAAAUCUAUGGUGAGAGUAAUAUGAUGCAAUGCUUUGCUUAAUUUGAAGGACAACAUCAAAUUCCAUUUCAAGUUCGUUUGGAUUAUAAAUUAAAUUUUAGUUGUGGCAACUCUUUCAUUGUUGAGAGAGAAUAUAUAUAUUGAUAAGGUUUAAGUAUAUCAUUCUUACUUUUAUGAAUGAAUACUCAAAUAUUUCUAAUGUACUUGUUAUUAUUU